UUCAUCUCUCAUGGGAUUACCUGUCGGGUCAAUGCUUCUUAUUAUUUAGAAGAUAUUCACGAUCUUGGCUUCUUUAAAAUGGAUCUCUUCACCAUCCAUGAUAUACCAAGAUUUGCCAACACAAUGGAGUACAUCUUGAAGCUGAGAGGAAUACUUAGCAGCCUAUCAGCGUUGGUGUUUGAAAUAGUCAUUGCAAGUAGCCAAAGCUGGCGCCUGUGGGAAUUCAACAACAAGAUCGUGCAAUUUGUGUCCUUUGGACUGUGGAAAGCUCAUUACCCUCAAGAGUUUAAUGUCUCAGGGACUGUAAUCAAGAUGUUGGUGCAAACCCCUAUCGAUUCCACCUGGACCAUUUCCCCUGAAUUUCAGUAUGCAAAAACCCUGAUAAUAUGGGCCAUUUUGAUGAAGCCUAUAGUUCUAAUUUUUGGUGCAAUAGCCAUCAAGAUCAGCUGUAUGAAAGACCCGUUUGUGGAGUUGCAGAUGCAUUGCUACAAGGUCUGUGCCUUAGUUUUGAGUGUAAGCAGCCUCUUCACAUGUGUUUCUGUGAGCUGGAACCACUUUGUAGAUCAUUAUGGCCAAACCACUCUUGACUUUCCACCCGACUUUCCGGUUAAAAAAGAAGCUGUGAUAGGAAAACACUAUACUGCUGUGUUCCCAACAGGUGUUCUGACAGCCACCAUGUCAUUCCUUGGUGUAAUGUUCUUUCUUUCUGAGAUAAGCUCUUUGAAACUACAGAGUCAGGUUAAGGCCCCAGGUGCUUGCCUAGUGGCAAAUCAAGAGGCCUGAAAUGAGACCUCCUGCAUUUGCAGCAUGUGACACAAUGUUGCUUGAAAAACUUUCUAUUCAUACACAAAAUUUCUGUAGUUAUCAACUCAUUCUCAAUAAAGCAUCAAUUUCAUUCC